AUGGCAUCAUGCGAUUCCGAUUUGAUGAAGAACUUUUGGAUCCCGAAUCACGUUCUUGUGCCGGGUUCUGAGGUUGAGGAUGGCCAGAUCGAUGGCGAUGGACCGAAAUGUCCGGUGCUUGUUUUUGUUAACUCUAAGAGUGGUGGUCAGUUAGGUGGAGAGCUCUUGAAAACGUACCGUGCACUUCUCAAAGAUAAACAGGUUUUUGAUUUGGGGGAAGAGACUCCUGAUAAGGUUCUGAGCAGAAUCUAUGUUAAUUUGGAAAACCUCAAGGUUCGGGGUGAUCCGCUUGCUAUACGGAUUAUGGAGAGACUCAAAUUAAUUGUUGCAGGAGGGGAUGGAACAGCUGGCUGGUUGCUUGGAGUUGUUUGUGAUCUGAAGUUAUCUCAUUCGCCCCCCAUAGCCACGGUUCCUUUGGGCACAGGGAAUAAUCUACCAUUUGCAUUUGAUUGGGGGAAGAAAAACCCGGGAACCGAUGAACAAUCUGUUUUGUCAUUUCUAAAACAAGUAAUGAAAGCUAAGGAAAUGAAAAUCGACAACUGGCACCUUCUUAUGCGGAUGAAGACUCCGAAACAUGGUGCUUGUGAACCUAUUGCACCUCUUGAUUUGCCCCAUUCUCUGCAUGCCUUUCAUCGUGUGUCAGAGACAGAUGAACUUAAUAUAAAAGGUUGCCAUACUUUUCGAGGUGGAUUUUGGAAUUACUUCAGCAUGGGAAUGGAUGCUCAAGUGUCUUAUGCAUUUCAUUCUGAACGAAAAUUGCACCCCGAAAAAUUCAAAAAUCAGUUGGUUAAUCAGAGCACUUAUGCUAAGCUUGGAUGCACACAAGGAUGGUUUUUAGCUUCUUUAUUCCAUCCUCCAUCCAGGAACAUAGCACAUAUGGGAAAAGUCAAAGUCAUGAAAACACAUGGUCAUUGGGAAGAUCUAGAAAUACCUUCCAGCAUCCGAUCAAUUGUAUGCCUUAACUUGCCUAGCUUUUCCGGUGGAUUCAAUCCAUGGGGUACACCAAAUAGAAGGAGGCAACGUGAUAGUGAAUUUACACCUCCAUAUGUAGAUGAUGGUCUUAUUGAAGUUGUUGGUUUUCGAGAUGCCUGGCAUGGACUUGUUUUACUUCAUCCAAAUGGUCAUGGAACUCGCCUUGCUCAGGCAAAAAGAAUCCGCUUUGAGUUUCACAAAGGUGCAGCAGAUCAUACAUACAUGAGGAUUGAUGGGGAGCCUUGGAAGCAACCUCUCCCAGUUGAUGAUGAUACUGUUUUGGUAGAGAUUUCGCACCAUGGCCAAGUUAACAUGCUUGCCACGCAUGAAUCCAAGUCUAAAAGUGUGAAUGAUCCAUCAUCGCCUCAUCAUCAUGAUGCUGAAGACGACGAUGAUGAAGAGAGUUUAGCAGAUGAAUUUCGAAAGUUUGGUGCAGCUGAAACAUUCAAGAUCCCAGAUGAGGUAGAUAUUGCUCAUCUCAGUUAG